GGGAGGGGCAGAGCCCUAUAAAACCAGUCAUUACCUUGUCGACACCAUACCAGCUUUCCAAGGAGCACUUCCUGUCUGUCAACCACUCAGAAGAUAACAAGAUUGACGCAAUGGAAGAACUUUCCAUGGCAAAUACCAUGUUUGCCCUCAAUCUUUUUAAGCACAUAGACAAAGCAAACCCUGCUCAGAAUAUCUUCAUCUCUCCGUGGAGCAUCUCAUCCACAUUGGCCAUGGUUUUCCUCGGCGCCAGGGGUGACACUGAACAUCAAAUGGCCGAAGUGCUGAAGUUUAACAAAAUUGGUGGCUUUGACAUCACUAGUGAAACCCCAGAGAGCUUCAAGGGUUGUGAUUUCACACAGCAGAUACAGAGGGAAAAAUAUCCUGAUCCUAUUUUACAGGCACAAGCAAGAGAUAAAGUCCAUUCAUCCUUCCACUCCCUCAGUUCUGCAAUUAACACAUGCUCGAGAGGUUAUUUAUUGGAAAGUGCCAAUAAGCUGUUUGGAGAAAAGUCUGCAAAAUUCAAGGAAGCAUAUGUACAACUCUGUAAGAAAUAUUACUCUACAGAACCAGAGGCAGUAGACUUCCGUGAAUGUGCGGAAGAAGCUAGGAAAAAGAUUAAUUCCUGGGUCAAGACUCAAACCAAAGGUGAAAUCCCAAACCUAUUAGCUGAAGGUUCCGUAGAUGGAGACACCAAGUUGGUCCUGGUGAAUGCUAUCUACUUUAAAGGAAAGUGGAAAACUCCAUUUAAGAAAAUUAAAGAGCUUUAUCCUUUUCGUGUGAACUCGCAUGAGACUAAAAAUGUCCAGAUGAUGCACCUACGUGAAAAGCUGAACAUUGGAUACAUAGAGGAAGUAAAGACUCAGAUUCUAGAAAUUCCAUAUUAUGGAAAUAUCAGCAUUUUCCUGUUGCUUCCUGAUGACAUCGAUGAUGCAUCCAAUGGCUUGGAGUUGCUGGAAAGGGAAAUAAACUUUGAUAAACUCAACAAGUGGAUCAGCAAAGACACAGUGGCCGAAGAUAAUGUUGAUGUUUACAUUCCCAAGUUCAAACUAGAACAACGCUAUGAACUCAAAUCCAUUCUGAGAAGCAUGGGCAUGGAGGACGCCUUCAACGAGGACAAGGCCAACUUCUCAGGAAUGUCUGAGAGGGAUGACCUCUUCCUUUCCGAGGUGUUCCAUCAAGCCACAGUGGAUGUCAAUGAGGAGGGCACAAUAGCAACUGGUGGGACUGGAGCAGUUAUGACAGGGAGAACUGGUCAUGGAGGUCCACAGUUUGUGGCAGAUCAUCCCUUCCUUUUCUACAUCAUGCACAAAAAUACCAAUGUGACACUAUUUUCUGGUAGAUUCUCAUCACCCUAAAAGGGGAGGACUUUAUUUCUACAUUAUAUUUUAUAGCAUGAGCUCUAAGCCUCAAAUUGCUUCUUCAAGUGCCAAAAAUUUUACGACUUUCCUAUACAUUUCUAUACUCCUUCUAUAAACUAAACACAAGCUCAGAAGUAACUGAGAAACUGACAGCAAUGCUUACAGAAUAACUUCAUUAAUUAUUUUGUUUCCAAAAAACAGAUGAUGUCUAUUUAGUUCAUCCUCAUUACUGCUUUGUCUUCAUCGCUUUAGUUUUUACGGUGUUAUUUAUUAUUUCUAUAAUGGUAGUUUUACAAAGUAUUAUUUUCUGUCUGUUUAAUGAAACUGUACCACUUCAGAUGAUCAGAUAAUUUUCUAUUUAAAAUAAAGCAGCCAUUUGAUCAAAUUAUGAAGGAAAAAUGAAUCCUUUUGUGUUCUCCCAUAAUAAUCACCCAGACAAAAGUACUUAACAAAAGUCAAUAACAUAUUAUAUUUCCAUCAUUGUAUGUCAUAUGCAUGUAUCUGCAACUCAUCUAUAAUUGGAAAUACAUAUUUAGUAAGCAUGCUUACUUACCCACUGUUAUUGGUUAUCAGUCCAUGUUUGGUAAUCAUAUUUCCAUUACUGUAAA